AUGAGAACCACACACGCAGUAAAUGCAGAUGUGUGUGUCGCCUCUUACCUGCCCACUGUUUGGUUGGCGAGCUGUCUCAUCCGAUUGAACUGCUUCUUCAUCUUGUGUUUUCUGCGUUACCACCGCGAGACCUGUGCAGAGGGGCAGGCGGAGCUGGACACUCUUCAGGCGGACGCUUCGUGCAUCUCGACCGGGGAGUCAGGCUUAAUGUCCCCGCAUCUUGGUCGCUGA